AUGAUCGCCGUAACAGUUUUUUGCAUUGAGUUUGGCGAUGAUUUUAUGUCCAACUUUGACUCAUAUACUGGCGCCCAUUCAGCUUACGUUACGGCGACUAUAUCUACUUUGGCUACAAUUAAUAAUGUCAGAAAUAAAAAAGCUACGCUAUACAAAACAAUUAAACGCCCGUGCUACAUCACCACCAUAAUCACCACCUUGAUUAUAAUCAACUUACAUCAAACUACAGCCAACACAAUUGACACAAACUUCAGGGAUGUGUUCAACUCGUUGACAGACAACAUACCGGCGCCCAUCAGGGCUGUGGCUAACCUAACCACUCGGCACAGGCAACAUCAUUACCAACAAGUUCAAAUUAUUACCGAACCUGAUGAUUCCGAAUGGGUUGACCCUGACUGGCCCCGACCCGGUCCGAAAUGGCCACCCGUGCGCACCACUACCGACAGUGUUGACGACUAUAUGCCCACCGGGUAUGUGAUAGAGGAGGGAAAGGUGUGUUCAACCGAUAACAUCUGUGUCCGGCCGUACAGUGUGUGCGUGGAUGACCGGUGCUAUUGCGCGCCCGGCUAUAAGUAUAACGUACUGACCCAACACUGUGUCCGUUAUAACUGUACGCUUGCGCCCAAUUUGGAGAUUGACUGCUCGCCCCCACACGACCCCUACCGGUCCUGUAGUGCGAAGGGUCAGUGCGUUUGCGAUGAGGGCUACGCCGUUAAUAAAACUAAUGGUCAACAGUGUGUAAAAGGCAAUGGAGACACAGUAGCUACCGGUGCGGCCACACACAACUGGCACUGGGCGUGGAUUUUAGUGGUCAUACCUAUUAUACUGGGAGUGGUUAUAGCCGUCUGUCUCAGACGUAAACACCGGAUGUUGAAGGAGUCGGAUGUGGACCACAGGCGUCACCAGAGGGUUGUGUUCAGACCUACCGGUGCCGCCACUGCCACCACCACUGAGGCCGAGCGCAUUAGUGCCGCCCCUAUGUUAGAGCACCCACUGUUGUCGCCCCCGGAAGCCCCGCCCAGUUAUUCGCAGUCAACCAGUCAGGACACGUGGGCCGAGCACAGGCCCGGCCCGAUAUUAUCGUACGGUCAGCGCAUGCGUGAAAAACAAGCUCUGUGGGCGGUAAAUGCGGUGCCAUUUGGCGAGCAUCUAACGCCUGAGCCGGCAUUCAAUGGCACCAAUUGGGUAGUGCUGGUCGCCGGUAGUAACACAUGGGAUAACUACCGUCACCAGGCCGACGUAUACCACGCGUAUCAAGUGGUGAAAUCACGUGGUAUUCCCGAUACAAACAUAAUUGUCAUGCAUUACGACGAUAUCGCGCACAACAAGCAAAACAAAAGACCCGGUGUUGUCAUCAAUCGACCCAAAGGGCCCGAUGUCUAUAAGGGAGUGCCCAAAGAUUAUGUCGGCAAUGAUGUCAACCCUGAAAAUUUUUUGGCUGUUCUCAGAGGCGAUGAAAAAUUGGCGAAUGCGGGUAAAAAGGUUGUCAAAAGCGGGCCCAAUGAUCAUGUUUUUGUAUAUUUUGUCGAUCAUGGUGAUGUUAAUUUGGUUUGUUUCCCCAAAAAAUAUUUAUACGGCGAGGAUUUGGCCAAUGAAUUGAUUGCAAUGCAUAAAAACAAUAGAUAUGCAAAACUGGUCUUUUAUAUGGAGGCGUGUCAUUCAGGCUCGAUGUUUGAGAAAUUACUACCAAAGGACAUCAACAUCUAUGUGACCGCCAGUUCCGGGCCUAAGGAGUCCACUGACCCGUACACCGCCGCCUGGCUUUACGAUAGCGAACACAAAGAUCUGACCCAUGAGUCACUUCAGGAACAGUACCUUUACAUUGAAAUGGUUAUCAACAAAUCGGCGGACCAUCAGUACCAACACUCCCACCAAUACGGAGAUUUAUCCAUCGCCAAACUCCCGGUGUCUCAGUUCUUAGGCGCCAAAAACCCGCCCAAACCGCUGGACACGACGGCCCUCGAGGCCGACAAUUGCGAUGCCAUCCCCUCUCAGGAUGUGUUCAUUUAUAUGAAACAAAAACAGAUUUUGUCCGCAAAGGAUAUCAAUGAGAAACAACGAUAUUUGUCUGAAUUGAGUGAUGCGUUGAAAGGCCGACAAUAUGUUGACAAACAUUUGUAUGCGUUUCACAAAUUGGGAGUAUUUGUAAACAUAUGUGAAUCGUUGGCACAAACGAGUGAUGCGGACAUCGCUGUCAACCAAUUGAUUGCAAACUGUAAUAAACUUGAAAAACAUGAGUUUCUAAGCAUUCAAUAA